GAUGAGUGACGACACUAUAGCAGCUGUGUGGUUUACAAGGCAGAGAGAGAAGUGCGGCUCGACGACGAGGGUGUUGUUGACAUUUCCCGGGAACCCUAUAAGAGUUUUAACAGUGCUAUGGCAGUAUUGUCGGUAGCUUCAAAUGCAUGUUUUCAGCCGGACAGUUGAAAAAACUGAACCGCCAGACUGCUGUGCACUUCGCUUGAUUUUGUGGAAGUGGUUGUUAUCAGUAUGACUCGCGACAUCAUUGUUGGAGAUGAGCUGCCCGACUGGGUCGGGGCAAAAGAGUUUUAUCAGAAGUAUGAUCCCAAAGAGGUGAUUGGAAGAGGUGUGAGCAGUGUGGUGCGCAGAUGUGUACACAAACACACCGGGCAGGAGUUUGCAGUGAAGAUUAUUGAGAUCACUGUAGAGAAAAUGACAGAACAGCAGUUAGAGGAGGUGAAGAGCUCCACGCUGAAGGAGAUCCAUGUGCUCAAUGUGGUGAAGGGCCACCCGUCCAUCAUUACACUUAUUGAUUCUUAUGAGUCAACAACCUUCAUAUUUUUGGUAUUUGACCUCAUGAGGAGAGGAGAGCUAUUUGAUUACUUGACUGAAAAAGUGACUCUAAGUGAAAAGGAAACCAGGAGUAUUAUGCGUGCUCUUCUGGAGGCUGUCCAGUAUCUACACUCACUAAAUAUUGUACAUCGUGACCUCAAACCUGAAAAUAUUUUGCUAGAUGACCAGGGACACAUUAAACUUUCUGACUUUGGCUUUUCAGUCCAGCUGGGGCCUAAUGAAAAACUAAGAGAGUUGUGUGGAACACCAGGAUAUCUGGCACCAGAGAUUCUGAAGUGCUCCAUGGAUGAGACACAUGAGGGAUAUGGGAAAGAGGUUGACCUGUGGGCUUGUGGUGUGAUCAUGUUCACGCUUCUUGCUGGGUCUCCACCAUUCUGGCAUCGUAAACAGCUGCUGAUGCUGAGAAUGAUCAUGGAAGGCCGCUACCAGUUUAGUUCUCCAGAGUGGGAUGACCGGUCUGACACCAUCAAAGACUUGAUCUCAAGGCUUUUAGUGGUGGAACCCACUCUUCGUCUCACGGCCGAGGAAGCUUUAGCUCAUCCUUUCUUCCGUCAAUACCAAAAGGAAGAAGUGCGGCUCUUUAGCCCCAGGAAGACAUUUAAGGUCCUGAUCUUGACUGUGUUAGUUUGUAUACGAAUGCAGUGCCGCUACUACCGAGCCAGACCAUUAACAAAGGAGCUCCUAGCAAGAGACCCUUAUUCCAUCCGCGGUGUGCGCAAGCUGAUCGAUGGCUGUGCUUUCCGCAUAUAUGGACACUGGGUCAAGAAAGGGGAGCAACAGAACCGAGCUGCUCUAUUCCAGAAUACAGCUAAAAUCAUUCUACUGGGCCUUGAUGACCUUGAAAACUAAAGGUCAUAUUUUUGUUUCUGAAGUUAUUCCUUGUCUGUCCAUUUACAGUUUUAUUGUUUUUGUCUGUUUGUUUUUUUUUUUUUUUUAAGUUAGGGACUAAUAGCCUGCCUGUCCAAAAGGUGCACAAAACACAAAUAUUUAUAGCGUGUCUUUUUUGUCUUUAAAAGAGGGAUGGUGCUUUUUGAUUUUAGCACCAUGCCAUGUGACCUCAUUUUAACCACUCACUGUGGAUUUUAUGCUUUUAAAAUGUAAUUUUUAUUACAAACAUAUUGGUGGUAUCAUCUGAUAUUGUGUAUUAUAUGGACCAGCUUUACAUGAAGAGAUAAGUAAAAUAAAUAAAAUAAAUUAAUUAUCUGCUUCAUAAACAAUUCCAGGAUAUUGAAGACUUAACCAUAAAUGGACAGGGAACAUUUAACAAUGUGAAGUGUACUUUAUGACUUUCAAUACAAAGGAUAACAUACUUGAAACAUAGCAUUACAGUUGUGUAACCCUACUGAGAGUUGUUUUGAGUUGUUUUACCACUUGUUGCUUUUAUCACAGUUGACUAAACAUUAUCCGUUCAUCAUGAAGGUACUGUACUAAUUCUAAACAGGGACACAUAUAUGAAUAAUAUAUAUAAUUACUGUAUUUAUUUUGUGUGUUUUUGCUUUUGAAAUGAGUGGUUUCCAAAACUAAAGACAUGGGAUAUAUUUUCUUACUUCUUAACUUGAAUGUUGGUCUCCAGUUUACUAAUGGCAUCUUUAAGCUGAUCAGCACUGUCCUGGAGCCGUUGCUGUAGCUGAGAGGUCAAACGCAUCACUUCAUCCCUUACUUCCUUUUGAACUAUGAUCCUAAGCUCAGAAUUUAGAGAAGACCCUUGUGGGAAAAAAACCCAUAAUAUAUACAUAAACAUACUUUUAUUCUAUUUGUUGUAUGUAGUGAGUAUUACCUAUUAGAGCAUGCAGUCUGGCAUAAAUAAUAUGUAAUCACUGUUUUAAAAAUCUGGUCCAAUUAUCUUUACAGGUUUUCUAAAGUACUCAUAUAAAUUCAAAAUAAAAAAAACACCAAACAAUUA